UGUGACGGCUGCCGCUCCCCGCGCGGGGCGAACCGCCCAGCGCAGCGCCUGUCGCUUUAACCGCCCGCCGUGGGUGGUGGCCGGGCGCAGUGCGCAUGAGUUCGGGGCCGGUGCUCAGCGGAGCCCGCGGCUGCUUGGAGUUGCCGCUUCUCCCACCUGCUGUCCUUCGUUCGGGCUCGUUCCCGCUUCUCGUCCUGUCCUUCGCCAGCCGGACUGUUUCCCGCAGCCGAAAUGAAUAAAGUUAGCAGCCCUACGUAAUACGCUGGUGACAUUCUACACUGCAUCGGGAUCGAUAAAUCAAGAGAGUGUGAUGCCUAGAAAUAUCCUCUUGGAUUCCUCUGAAAUGGCAUCUGAAAUAUCUCUGAAGCACGCAGGUGGGAGCAUGGAGAUGGGUGGCAGCGUGGAGAAUCACAGCAGCCAAGCUAAGUGCAGAAAUCCUGCCUUGGAUGACGAGAGUCUGAAACACUUAACUCACGAAGAGCAGGAUGUUCUCAUGUUCUUUGAGGAAACCAUCGAUGCCUUAGAAGAUGACUUGGAGGAGCCAGUCCUGCGUGACAGUGGCAUCCACUGUCAGUCUCCAAAGUCAACAGAAGAAAAUGUGUCCAGUCACUCAGAGACCGAAGAUAUCAUUGACUUGGUGCAGUCAACGCCCGAGAGCAGCGACCAUGAAGGGCCUCCCAGCAGAGACACAGAACCAGUGUCGGAUGCUACCCAGAGAACUGAGAGCCCCGAGCUGGCUGUACCUGCCGACCUUCCUCCACAUCCCCCUGUACCACCAGCCGUGUCCGAGACGCUUCCUCUUCCUCCUCCGCCCCCUCCUCCAGUUCAGCAUCCGAAAUUGCUCCGUUCUAUCCCCACCCCGCUCAUCGUGGCCCAGAAGAUGACGGAGACCAGGGUGCGCUUCCCCAGCGCCCUCAAGGAAGGGAAUUCGGACAGGAAGAAAACACCCGUGGCCAACGGUGAUUAUUUUGUGGCUCCAAAACACCCUCCCGCACCUGCACCCAAACUGCACCGGUUCCCCAGCAACAUCAACAUAACAAAUGUCAGUGGCAAAGAAUUCAAUGAAACUAUUUCAAAAGCUGCAGUUAACGUCCAGGAGCGCAGAGCUCAGGUGAUGGCCAACAUCAACGGGGGAGCUUUUCUGGCACCUGAACUGGAGGAGAAGCUGCAGAAAAAUGACUUCUUGUCACGUAACAGAAGUUCUUCCUUAAGGGAUCUCUCCUCUGAGCAAACACGGUACGAGGCCCUGACAAAACUUGGCCUAGUGAAGGGAAAGCCAGCGCAGGACCAAGUGGAUCGUGCCCCAGGCGCUCAGCAGCUGGAUGUGCAGCCCAAACAGGCGCACGCUGUUCCCAAUGGAUAUCAGAACAUCCACCAGAUUUUAAAAAGUGAGCCCAGCCCCUUCCUUCCCACAGGCAAAACUGUUACAAUCAAACCAGAGGUAGCUCUUGCUGCUAACAAGGUCAGCAGCACCCAGCAGAAUGCGGCAAAAACUUCUAAUGACUAUAAACCAGCCGGUCUAAACCCAGACAUGAGGAGGAGAUCGGGUUCGCUGCCCAGACCUUCCGGAUUCCGAUCCCAAGGGAUAACGGUCAAGUUUUCUGGACGCGGCUCAACAGAAGAAGCUCGGAGAGAGGCGCUUCGGAAGCUGGGACUGCUGAAAGAGACGGCGUGAUUUGGAUGGGGACGUUUUGGCAGCGGGGGGGAGGUCACAGCAUGGCUUUGUGCUCCAAUAGUCCCGACAGGAAUGGGAUUAAAUAGAUUGGAAGAUGAAAGUUUUCUGCUUCGGGGAAGCUCAGGCGGUACCGGAUGCUGUGGAAUGAGUGCUGGUGUCUGUCCCAGGGCUGGCACCACGCACCGUCACACGCAGCAGUGGGGUUCGGCUCUCCCUCCUGCAGACACACUCACCUGUUGCUCUUUGUGACCAAGAGGAGUUUUAUUUAAGUCAUGCUGGACUGUAGCAGGCAGCAUCUCGUUAAUGAAGUGAACAGUGCAGUAUUGUUGUACAUAGCAAACUGAAUGGUGAACCUUCCUUUUGCUCUUUCUGAAGCCAAAAAGAGAGCUCCAUUUGUCUUGCUCACGUGUAUAUCUGUUUGUGGGAGCUCACGAUAAUGUCAAAACUGAAAUUUCUGACCAGCGUGACGCACUUCUGUGACUUUUUGUCUGUAUUACCCAGCUUGGCUUUGUUCCCUGCCAGCGGUGGAGUCCUCUGUUCCCCUGCUCUGUCCUCACUCGACUCAACACCGCACAGAGGGUGGUUUCUGCUCUGAUUUUCUCCUCGACAGAGCAACCCAGGCUUUGUGGGGGUGACCGCAUCGCUCUGCUGCUUCACCGCAAGUCUUGCCUGUUCUCCCCAGCCACCUGCUUCUCGGUCACGCUCCAGCAACGACGUGUCUGGUGAGAGGCACCAGAGAAGCCUCAAGGACACGCAUCGGUUCUUGCACUGACAGCCAAAGAGUCUCCUUGGUAAUCUGUGACCCCAACUGUUCCGAUGAUCAUACAGAGAAGCCAUAGGAACAAGUUAAGUUUGUACCAAAUGUAAGAACCUUAUGUCAAAAGUCUUUUAUGUUAGGGUUCCUGUGAAGAAACUGUUACGUUUUGAACCGUAGCUGUACUACACUGAGUAAUUUUAAGUUCUGUUACUUCUAAAAACUGGCAUUGGAUCUUCCUGUAGCUUGACAGCUCUAAAUCCUCUGUUCACAGCCUUACUCGAUUCUGCCCUGCCAAUGCAUAACACAAGUUACAGCCAAAAUUAUUGUAGGCUAUGUGGAGUUACAGGAGAGCACUGGAUGCAAGAGCACACUGCUCCAGAAUGGUCUGAGUUGGUGUAUUUUGCCUUUGUUCAAUGGAUGUGCUUUCAAAGAUGCCCCCAAAAUAUAUUUGUGUUGUGACUCUUUUUUUUUUUUUACAUGGCAAAGCUGCUCUUCUACGUUAAAAAUCCCUUUUUUGUAUAACUGAAAAUACCCAGAAAAGCCAUUUUAAAAUCAAAUGCCAAACUCCAGUCCCUCUGAAUUUCUUACUGUUUUUCCUGCAUGUUUGAGUUCUCUGUUUUGUUUUCUAAAGGGAAAAACUCACUUAUUCUCUGCACUUUCCAAAGCCUCAAGCAACCCCCUCUCUUUCCUGAGAGCUGAGUAAUGAACCUUGGAGAAGAGGAGGGGAGUGGCUACAGUAGAAACUAACACACCCUUCAGCUCUGAGCUCUGACAUAACUGUGAUAAACAAGCUUGUCCUUCUUGCGAUAAAGUAUUUCAAACUUGCUGAGCUGUACUUGGAAAUGAAGCUGUUGCGAAGGAGAAAUCUUCGCGCCACUUUCAACCUGCCUCAUAAGUUAAAGUUUUGUUUUUAAUUAUCUGCUUGCUGCUUAAAUUUUUAAUUGCAUUGCUACGGUAUCUGUCUGGUUCUGUUAUGUAGUUUUUCUUUUCAGCCUUUUCACUGGGUAAAGGAUCAUGUUGCUCACUGUGACAGCCACACUAUACAUAAGCAACCAGUAAUUAAAACACGUGGCACUUAGGCACGCAUAAUCAAACAGAAGUGCUGCUGAAACAAAAACGGCUGCUUGAUGCUGCAAGUGCUUAUUUAGCUGGACUCUGAGUCUAGUCCUAAAUUGGAGAGGCAAGGAAACACAAAAUAUAUCAAAGCACCUGCAUCGGUGGAGCCCGGAGUGGAGUCCUGAGUGUGGGUGAUGCAUCAUAGUUUAUUGACAUAACCUGCUAAGUAAAUUUAAAUGUUUCAUGACCUUUCGUGCUUUUAAAUCCUGUGAAGGCAAAUUCUUUGUGAUGAAUGUGAAGUGUGUGCAGAGCAAUCAUCUUCACAUCUAAUCAUUUCUUGCCAGCUCUUCUUCUGAGUUGUUUACAGCUGAGGGUCCAUGCUAAGCAAACAGGGAAAAAACCCAACCCUGACACUAUUCAAUAACUCUGUAACAUAACCCUAGUGAAAACAAUAAUAAUAAUUAGAUGUAUAAUAUCUAAAGCAUAAAGCUGCAAUAUGCUGAAGUAGCUGGAUGGUGUUCUUUCAUCCUUUGUGCAGGGCUGUGUCCUCAACUGGUGGGAAGUGAGAGUUAAAUCUUCAUUAGAUAAACCAGUUUCUACCCAGGGAGGACUUGGAACGAGGUAUUAAUUGUGGCCCUUCAUUAGAGCAAAUAUCCUGCUGGUAAAUCCUUCUCUGUGCCUAAAACUGUAGUAAGUAAAGCCAUGUACUACAUGAAGUUAAGAGACUAGCUGCUAAUAACCUGUAUAUAAAUUUAGCUCUAUUUUUUGUAUGUUGUUUUGUGUGUAUAUGUUGCUGUGAUUUAAAUUCUUUUCCCCCUUGUGUUAGAGCUAGCUAUCUUGCACAAAUCUGAUGAACCAUCUAUUAAACUGGGAUAAAACCAAGGAAA